CCAGCUCUAAAUAUUGAAAAUAUGAAUCCUCUUCUCAAGAAAAUGGAAUUUGCUGUAACAGGACCAUUAGUUAUCAGAGCUAUGCAGAUUGAAAAGGAACUUGCCUCAGGGGCUGAGAAAUCAUUUACAAGAUUGAUAAAGACAAAUCUUGGUGAUGCUCAUGCUAUGGGGGACACACCCAUCACAUUUAUUCGACAGGUGUUGUCUCUGCUAACCUACCCUCCUCUGCUGGAAUUUGAAAUGUUUCCUGCAGAUGCUAAGCAACGUGCUCAGGAAAUCUUGGCUAGCUGCAGAGGAUCAAGUGUGGGUUCGUACAGUGAAGGAACUGGGAUUGAGUUGAUCCGUAAGCAUGUGGCGGAUUACAUCAAUAGCAGAGAUGGUUAUCCUUCUGACUGGGAGGAUGUUUUUCUAUGUGCUGGGGCAACUGAAGGAAUCAGGGUUUGUCUCAAGUUGAUAGCUAAUUCAGAGAAUGGCUCAGUAACCAGAACAGGUGUAAUGAUACCAAUACCACAGUAUCCUCUUUACUCUGCCUGUCUGACAGAGCACAACAUGGAUCAGGUUGGUUAUUAUCUGGAGGAGACGAAUAAUUGGUCACUGGACCCUUCAGCUCUUGAAAGAGCGUUUAAGAGUUCUAACAACAGUUUGAAUAUCAGAGCCAUUGUUGUGAUAAACCCAGGAAAUCCUACAGGACAAGUUCUUUCCAGACAAAAUAUUGAAGACAUCAUUAGAUUUGCACAUAAGAAUGGUCUGAUGGUGUUUGCAGAUGAAGUUUACCAACACAAUGUUUACUCAGCAAAUUCUAAAUUUCACAGCUUUAAAAAGGUAAUGUCUGAGAUGGGUCAUCCAUUUAACAUGAUUCAGCUGGUCAGCUUUAUGUCCUGCAGUAAGGGGUAUAUGGGGGAGUGUGGUUUAAGAGGAGGGUACUUCGAGAUUGUCAAUAUUAGUGCUGAAGUCAGAAAAAUUCUCACAAAGUUCACUUCCUCAAUGAUGUGCCCAACAAUCAUAGGUCAGGCUUGCUUGGAUAUGGUAGUCAACCCUCCAAGACCUGGGGAUCCAAGUUACAGCAUGUGGAAGACAGAAGUUGAUGAUUGCUUGGCAAGUCUGAAGAGGAGAGGAGAAAUGAUAGCAGAGUCCUUUAAUAAAAUAGAAGGAGUCCACUGCAAUCCAGUCCAAGGAGCAAUGUAUGCUUUUCCUCAGGUAUUGCUACCGGAGAAGGCUAUUGCUGCAGCUCAAGCUAGUGGCCAGGAACCUGAUGUUUUCUAUGCGUUUAAGCUCUUAGAAUCUACUGGUAUAUGUGUUGUACCUGGAUCAGGUUUCGGUCAACUUCCUGGUACAUAUCAUUUCAGGACUUCAAUCCUACCCAGACAGGAGGUGAUUCAAGAUUUGCUAGCAAGAUUUAAAACAUUUCAUCAAGAUUUUAUAAAAGAGUUUUCAUAAAAACUCAAAUCAAAAUUUUUAGAGUCUAAAU